GAUGCCCUAUGAUCUGUUUUUAUUUAUAAAUUACUAUUUUACCAUUCACUCAAUCAUCACAAUAAAAAUAUAAUGGUUUCUCCACGGUUUUUACUGCUAAGCUUAAUAAUUACCAUUUAUUGCUGAGGCUUCGUCAGCUGGGCGACGAAUUCAGCGCUCUGCCAUAACCUCAUUCUGGAGCAGAAAACAUCGAAAAGAGUAGGGAAUGACGCGCGGGUGUGAGUAAUCUCUCUGUGGCACUGGUUGGACAAAAAACAAAGUGUGUUUGUACAUAAAAACGGGCCCACGUUCCUUAUCGCCUGUGCAUUUGUGAAAGAAUUGGGUGACCCAGUGCGUAGCAGUCCAUCUCGCGUGUAGUCCAGUGCGAACAACGCCAGCAUGGCCAAGCGAGUGCAACCGACGUGGCAGGUGCCGCCGGAGCGCCCACGUGCCCAGCUGCGACUGUACAACAGCCUCACGCGCCAGAAGGAGCCCUUCGUGCCCCUCGAGGGCAACACGGUGAAGUGGUACAGCUGCGGCCCCACGGUCUACGACGCCUCCCACAUGGGCCACGCCAGGUCGUACAUCUCAUUCGACAUCCUCCGGCGCGUGCUGACGGACUACUUCGGCUACGACGUGCUGUACGUGAUGAACAUCACGGACAUCGACGACAAGAUCAUCCGCAGGGCGCGGCAGAAUCACCUGGUGGCGGAGUACUUGGCGGCGGAGAAGUCGCUGGAGCAGAUCCUGAGGGACUACGAGACGGUUCUGGUCAUGUUCAAGGAGACGCUGGGCAGGACGACGGACGGAGACAAGAAGGUGAUGUUGGAAGGGCUGCUGAAGCGCAUGACAGAGUCUGUGGACGCCCUGACGGAGGCUAUCAAGUCAGGAGUGGCGCUGAAGGUGGACGAGGCGCGGAAGCGCUUCCUGGAGACCGUGAAGGACCCGCUGAGCGAGUGGCUGGACACCCAGAAGGGCGACAAAGUGACUGACAAGGCGAUCUUUGGGUGCCUGGCCAGGAAGUGGGAGGAGGCCUUUCAUCGCGACAUGGAGGCGCUCAACGUGCGGCCGCCGGACGUGCUAACGCGUGUCAGUGAGUACGUGCCGCAGAUUGUUGCCUUCAUCGAGGGCAUAAUUGCCAGGGGAUUGGCGUACGAGUCGAACGGGAGCGUGUAUUUCGACGUGGGGCGCUUCGACGGCUGUGCGGAGCACUUCUACGCGAAGCUCGUGCCCGAGGCGUUCGGCGACGCCAAGUCGCUGGCCGAGGGCGAGGGUGAUCUGACGGAGGAUCGCGUGGGCGAGAAGAGGUCGCCGAACGACUUCGCGCUGUGGAAGCGCAGCAAGGCCGGCGAGCCGUGGUGGGAGAGUCCGUGGGGCGACGGCAGGCCCGGAUGGCACAUCGAGUGCUCGGCGAUGGCGUCGGAUGUGUGCGGCGAGACGCUGGACAUCCACACGGGCGGCGUUGAUCUCAAGUUUCCCCACCACGACAACGAGCUGGCGCAGAGCGAGGCGUUCACGGGGCGCGCGGAGUGGGUGAAGUACUUCCUGCACACGGGCCACCUCACCAUCGCCGGCUGCAAGAUGUCCAAGUCGCUGAAGAACUUCGUGACGAUCGGACAGGCGCUGAAGAAGCACUCGGCCACGCAGCUCAGGCUGGCCUUCCUGCUGCACUCCUGGAAGGACACACUCGACUAUUCCGACAACACCAUGGAGAUGGCCGUGCAGUACGAGAAGCUGCUCUCCGAAUUCUUCCUCAACGUCAAGGACCUCACGAGGAGGCAAACAGAUGGACUUGCCAGUGAUGAUUUCGAUGCGUGGCAGCAGCCCGAGAGCGAUCUCCAGGCCAAGCUGACGUUAGCCAAGGAGGCUGUUCACGAGGCGCUCUGCGACAACAUCGACACGCGCUCGGUGCUGGAUCACGUGCGCUCGUUGGUGGCGCAGAGCAAUAUCUACAUCAGGGACAACCCGAAGCGACUGAAUCGCUGCCUUUUGCGUCGCAUUGCGGCGUACGUGACGGAUUUGCUGCAUGUGUUCGGGGCUAUUGGUGGUCCUCGUGGCGGGAUCGGCUUUCCGGUGGGUGGCAAGGCGGCCGAGGCGGACCGCGAGGCCACGCUGAUGCCGUACUUGCACGUGCUGGCGGAGUUCCGCGGCGCGGUGAGAGACAAUGCCAGGCAGGUGAAGGCGACUGAGAUUCUGAGGUUGUGCGAUCUGCUGCGGGACGAGGUGAUGCCGCCGCUGGGUGUGCGGCUGGAGGACAAAGACGGUGCGCGGGCGGUGGUGAAGCUGGUGGAUCAGGAGACGCUGGCGAGGGAGCGCGAGUCGCGGCGCGCGGCGGAGGAGGAGAAGGCGAGGAAGAAGGCCGAGGCGGCAGCGGCGGCGGCUGCCAGGGAUGCUCAGAGGCGUGUGAAUCCGCGCGAGAUGUUCCUGCAGGAGACGGACAAGUACUCAGAGUUCGACGCCAGCGGACUGCCCACGAAGGACGCCGACGGCAAGGAGUUGAGCAAAGGGCAGCUGAAGAAGCUGGCGAAGCUGCAGCAGGCGCAGGAGAAGCGCUACAGUGAAUACUUGGCGACCAGCGUGAAUGGCACCGGCUGAUCCGCGCCAUGUCCUUCCACGCACACUCACGAUCAAACCCCAGUUUAGCGAAAAAAGAUAUUUAAAUUUGUUCUAGUGACGGAAACUAUUUAUUGCUGCAAUCUUCUCGAUACGUCCGCUUUUGAUUUUGUGUCCUCCUUGAAUUUAUAUGUGGAAUCUUAAUAAAAAAGAGAUACGGUCUAAUGGUA